CGCGCGCGGAGUUCUUUUUGCCGCGGCGUCCGCGAAUAGUUUUAUUUUGUUUUUACCUAACUUAAUUCGUUCCGUUCGACUUUUCGCGAGUGACGUCGCCGAUUUCAGGGGGAAAUUGCGCGCAUAUGGAAAUCGUAAGGAAUAGUUGUUGUUUCGUGGCCUAACCGGAGACACGCGUCGCUUUCCGCGUGUCGCGUAUUUUGUGGAUCAGCAGGCGCCAUUUGAAAAGCCAACAGCUGUGCGCGCAAAAGUAUAUAAGAAGUAUAUGAUCAAGUGCAAAAAGCUGGCGUUGUUUAAUAGAAAUAAAAUAAAUAAAAAAAACCGAAGAAACGUGCAAAAAGCUGGGAGAGCGUAUUAGAAACAACAACAAAGCCGUGUGCUGAGCAAGUGGCAUUUGAAGUGCAUUUCUUUGCGACCGAAGUUCGCUCCAAACUUCGAAAAGCGAGCAAGGCUGUAUAUGUUUGUGUGUCCGUGGGUUCAGAGCGCAAGCGUCGCGUCGCCAUGCGAAUGUUAAUGAAAAACACAAACCCCUGAGAAUCGACAGCAGAUAAAAUAAACAGAGAAAUAAAACAUCACAAUAUCAUCACACGAAGUACAACAAUACGCCGAGCAACAAAUCAGCAAACGGAAAUAAGGCAGCAGGGGUUUGAAGUCCGCUGGCUUCGGAAUGUAUUCCAACAAGGAGACAAAGAGCGCGGCCAAGGCGCACAAAAAGACGCAGAAGGUGACCAAGAAGCAGCAGCAGCAACCGAAACCGUCGCAACCGCUGCCGAAUGGCAACAAAGUCAAAUCACCAGCGAAUGCCAAGAACUCCCAGCCAAAUAACAACAACAACCAAGCCAACAUCAACAACAAUAACAACAGCAGUAUAGUGCCAAAUAACAAUAGUAAGAACAACUCGCUGCCUGUUAACACGGCGCAGAAGCUGAAGGAGCACUACGAGGCGGAGAAGAGGAACCAGGGCCUUAUAAUGGGCGCCAACACGUUGCCGGGCUACGAGAAUGUGCCCAAAAUGGAGCGGUCCAACAGCUUUUCGCUGCGCACCAAGCUGAACAAGCUGAUUAACCACCUGACGGGCAGCAAGGAGAACCUAUCGAGGGCCGACAACGACGGAGACUCCAGCAGGACACCCUAUCUAUUCACCCGUAGUCGUUCGAUGAUCCAGAUGAGGCGGCCGAACCGCCGGAGUUUCAUCGAGCCCCAACUGGAGCAACUGUCCGAGGAGACGGAGAAGUCGGGCGACCUCACCUCGCCGGCAUCGCCGCGCAAGACUUCGGUGGCUGACUUCGAGGUCAGUUCGCCGGUGCUCCUGCGAAGGAACGAACUGACUUCGUCGGUGAGGACCCCGGCACGUCGUCAGUCCGCCCAGCCCUUCACAUCAACUCCGCUGGAGGAUGUGCAGCAGCAAGGUCCGCGCAAGGGCUCGGUGAUGUCGCUCAAUCAAACGGAGCCCACCAAUCCCCAGCUGAACUUCCAGAAGCGGCGGUCCAACACGCUCAUCGCCUCCUUCAAGAGCACCUUCAGUGGCUUCACCAGCAGCAGUGGCGGGGCCGAGAAGAAGGAGAAGAUGAACCCCAAGUGGAGCGCCUCGCUGCAGUCCCUGCAGGCCAUCGACAACAUGGUCAGCUAUGCCAACAUGUCCUUCAUCGACUACGACAAGUUCAACGGCUACGAGAAGCAGCUGGAGCGGCAGCAGUCGCUGAUGAGCCUGGCGGAGCAGCCGGUGCCCACCGCCACCCAAUUGCCACUGCCUCCCUCGGCCCUGGCCCACUCCCAUUCGCCAUCGCCGCUGGGCGAUGCCUCGCGCACCUCCGUCCACCUGGGCUCCUCCUUGGAUGAGUCGGUCAGGACGGUGGUGAUGCGGCGGAAGAGGAGCAAGACUUCGCUGGAGGGCAGGAGCAAGACCUCGCUGGAGGCCAGGAGCAGCAUGGCCAGCCUGAACAGUGCCUACAACCUGGACACCGACUACGAGCACAAUCUGGACCGAGUGCACAAUGUCUACCGUGAGAGUUUGGACUCGAGAACACUGGAGCUGCUGAACCUGCGGUCCCGGAACUCCUUCAUCCAGGACCAGGCGGUGCUGUUCGAUGCCCUGAACCUGGAGGACGGGUCGGUGGCUCGGCGGUGCGCCCUGUGUUCGAAACGCGUCGGCAGGAGCGGAAGCAUGCGGCAGCAGCAGCAGCGGGAACGGGACGCCGUGGACGGGCGAGGGAAUCCAGUGAAACAGCUGAAAUCGAAGAGCCUCACGCACUUGGAUGGCCUCGACUCGGGUGUGGUGGCCUGCCAGCACGGUCCUCCGGGAAUGGCCACCAGCACCACCACGACCACCGCCGUCGGCAGCUCCAUCGCCACUUCCGGCCUGUUCGCCACCACUGGACCGCCAGGAUCGCUGGGCCGGCAGGCCAAUGUGACUGAGAAGGGUGAAGCGGCGGGCGUCUGUCUGUCCCCCUCGGCACCACCCGCACCAGCGCACCCACCGCACCACCCACCCACGAUUUACACCCAGGCACCGCAGAUCGUGCGGCGGACGCCUUCGCUGAUGCUCUCGCCCACGCUGGACGACACCACGAAGACGGCCAGCUCGUCCUGCUUUGGCACCAGUCACUCCAGUGCCGCGUCCUUCCACCAGCACCACCAUCAGCAAAACCACCAGCAACUGACUACCAGCGGCAGCACCACCGGCACCACGGGCACCACCGCCGCGGCUACUCAUGCGAUUCCCUCCUCCAAACACUUUCAGUUCGCUGGCGAGGUGGCGGCCACACCCUCGUCCUCGACCCUGAGUCCCUACAGCACCACAUCUGCGACCUCGGGCGGUGGAAUCGCUGGUGGUGGCGGUGUCGGUGGAGGUGGCUUAACCUCUCCGGUCGGCUGCUCCUCGUCCUCCGGCUCGGCGGUGAAAAAGAAAUCCUCGUUCAUGAAGCGCAAGAAGCCACUGCUGACGCGCAGCGAGGUAUCCAGCUCCGAGUUCUUCUCCGUGUCAUUCUGCCUGGAAUCGUUGCAGCAUCCGGACGAGGAAUUUAUUCCGGCGACCAAAGGCGUAACACUACUUAACGCACUCAGCCACGCCCUGCGUAGGCGGAACCUCAGCUUUACACAGAUCACCAUCACUGACAAUAAUCCCACGCCCAGUUUUUUAGAUGCCGGUCCUCCGCUCCUCCCCGUCUCCGUGGAUGAGCAGACCGAUGUGGAGAGCCUGGCUGGACACCAUCUCUGCAUCACGGAACGGGGCAGCAACCGCAAGCCCCUGCAGAAGGCAGCUUCCUUUGGUUCCCGACAACCGCCGCCCCGACUUCUGCCCUCCGUUUCCACCGAGGAGACCAGCGAGUCGGGAGUGGCAGCCGGCAAGCAGAUCAAGCAGCGGUGGUCUUCCAUAUUCGGUAUCAAGAAUCCCCAGCAGAGUCAGCUCUGCGAACUGCUGAAUAGCUAUGCCAAGAACGGAGUUCCUCAGCGGCCGGAUAGCAUGAAUUUUGAUCAUCCGGAUCUGGAGAACUCCCUGGCCUAUCUGCAGGAUAUGCACAAGUCGUGGCGCGACUUUGUGGCUAGUGAUUCGAUGAGCGAGUCGGAGAUUAAGAUCCAGACGGCCAUUUGGGAGCUGGUUACCACCGAGGUGUAUUACAUACACGCCCUGCAAACAGUGACUGAUUUGUUUCUGGCCUGUUUGGAGGCCGUUCAGGAGGAGCGUCUGCUGACCGAUGUGGACCAGGCCCGGUUGUUCUCCAACAUACGAGCUGUGUGCGAGGCGAACAUCAAGUUCUGGACCCUGUGGCUGUAUCCCAUGGUGGCGCACAGUGUGGUUACGCACGAGCCGCUGAGAUGCGCCUUCUUCCAGGAGGGCUUUAUUGCCUUCGCCUCCAUCUUUGCGCCAUAUAAGAUCUACUGCGCGGAGCAGAGCACCUGCCAGUUCUACUGCAAGGAGCUGAACCACAACAACGCCCUGUUCACCUCCUAUUUGGCGUGGUGCGAGUCGCAGAAGAUGUGCAACCGCCUGCGACUCGCGGACAUUGUGGUGCGGCCCAUGCAGCGACUGACCAAGUACAGCCUCCUCUUGGCGGCCAUCAAGAAGCACAUGAGCGACGUGGAGGAGAUCGAGGCCAUCGACGUGAUGAUGCACAGCGUGGAGAACUUCGUGGGCAGUGUGAACAACCAUUUGACGAUGCGGCAGGAGAACGAGCGGCUCAAGGGGGUGAUGGUGCGGAUAGAGUCCUACGAUGUGGUGGACACCAACAACGAGAUGCUGGACAAGUUGAUCAAGCAGCACAGCCAGAUGUUCGACCUCUGUGCUCCGAUGCGCGGAUGCCCCGCCUACCAGGUGCGCCACCUGUUCAUGGAGGGCGACCACAAGUUCAAGGACAACCUCGGCAAGUCCGAUGUGCACUGCUUCCUGCUCACGGACCUGCUCCUGGUGUGCAAGACGAUCGCCAAGCGGGGCCUGGGGGCCCUGAAGGUCAUCCGGCAGCCGUACCUGACCGACCAGCUGAUCGUCCAGCUGGCGCCGAACAACACGCUGAACUGUGUGUACCUCAACGAGUUCCAGGUGGCCACCACGGCGUUCACGCUGCAGUGCACCGAGGCCAAGAACUGGUACGACGCCCUGUGGCGGGCCAAGACGAUCUACCAAAGACUGAAGCGCGGAGGCGGCGGCACUGGCGGCGGCAGCGGAAGCGGCACGGUGGGCGGCGACAGCUUCCGCUUCGGCGGGAGUGGCACCAGCGGCGGCACCGCAGACUCCCUGGGCGUCCGCAAGUCGCCGAUGAACUCCUCCAUCUGCAGCCACGUCUCCAGUGCGAACAAUAGCCACAGCGGCAGCGUCGAGUGGAACGACUCGCGCAACAUAUCCGUCGACUUUGAAAAGACAAACUCGGUGUCCAGCGACGAGGGCUCCAGCAUAAUGACAGGCAACCACGGAGUGAACCUGAAGGGCAAGCAGCAAUUGAUCAGUGGCCUGCACAAGACUAAGAUGGGCAUUAUCGGCCAGAUGGGCUCCAAGUCGGCCAACACCCUCUCCGUGCAGCCGAUGAACCAUCUGGGCCAGAGCCUGCCCAACCUGAACAUGCAUCACAGCCACACUAACAAUACUCUGCUCGUGCCCGGCUCCACGACGAGCCACUCGGGCAACAUGUUGUUGUCGCCCAGUCACCGCGGCAUUUCCUACCCGCCGCCGAGCCCAACGAGAGUUCCCCUGCGCCGUGGCCUGGCCUUCUCCACGUCGACGAAGAACCCGCCGCUGCGGAAGACCCGGAACAUCACCUCCCAGAACAGUAUUAACUGGCACCAGAUCCCGGCCACGCCCACGCCGCCCAGCCCGCGAUCGCAGCACCAGUCGCCGGGAGCGGUCUGCAUGCAGAAGUCGCUGCCCCUGCUGGUCCCCAGCGAGGAGGGUCAAGGUCAGGGCCAGCCGCUGCCACCACCCCCGCUGCACAAGCAGCUCUCCCACCAGGCGCCGCUGCCCACCUCCAACCACAACCAGUCGAGCACCGAAACGGACGUCUGAUGAGGAUGAGGAUGGGGUCGCAGACGCCUCAAGCCGCAGAAUGUACUUACCAAUAGAUCCGUCACAAAUUACCCACAACUAUCCCACAUAUAGUAUAAAACCCUUAGAAAAUCGCCUUUGAUUCGCAGUCCUUUAAUUGGACAAUGGUAAGGUAAAGCUAUUUACCCCAAAAAUAUAAUAACUUUUAAUUUGGCUAUCGUUUGGUUACGGUUUUCCAUCAUCAUUUUCAAGAACGUAUUACAAAAAUGACAUAAGUUAUUUUUAAACCCUUUAUUCUUAUUGUUCAUUUAGUGCUUCCUUCAUUUAAUGUACGAAAUUGAUAAAAAGGUAUUGAAACUAUUUUUUAAAACUAAGAGCUUAUACGAAAAUCAAGCUAUUCAUAAGUAAUUUGUAUUUAUUUUACUGUUUAAAGGACCAGCUAAAAUGAAAGGCGAUUUUCUAAAUUUCACGUAGGAUACUGAGUGUAGGACAUCGUGAGCUUGUAUUGUGAAAACCGCACUUUUGGGUCCAAAACUGAUAUUGAACUUAUAUGCAUUCCACAAAUAAACUAACACCCUCCCUCAACACCUUGGCGAGACUAGAAGUUUCAGAACACAAUGCUCCGCACAUUCGCCAUUUUAAUCUUCCCAUAACGAUAUGAAGACAAAUAAAGUUAAACCAAACUAAAGUUAGUUGUACUUGUUACCAUAGAAUACGCAUAGUCCGAAUGCCAUAUACAGAAACAACUUAGAUUGAUCACAAGCUUUAUAAAAGUGUUUCCAUAUUAUUGAUGUAAGUCGUUACUUUCCUUAAGUAGGUAAAUCAAGUGUUACGGUCAAAAUACAAAUAAAUAAACACCACAUAUAAAUUAAAA